GUUUAUUUUCGAAACUGUUCUUGGAGGACAAUAAUUCGAAUUUGAUUGAUUAUAUUUUAAAGAAACACGAAUAUAAAAAAAAAAAUUUCAAUAUACUUCAAACUUUUCGAAUCGAAAAAAAUCGAAUUAACAAUCUAAAAAAGAUUUUUCAAUAAAUUGAAGGACGCAAAGUGAAAAUACCUAAAAUGACGUUCGAUAAUUUAGCAAAUCCAAUAGAAGCCGUGAGUUUGAUUCCAAUUUACACUUAUUUCAAUUUACUCAGCGAUUUUCUAUUCAGCGAAAAUUAUUUAUCAAUCGAUGAUCGACAAAGAGAAAUUCCGGUCGUUAAUGGACUUUACAAGUAUUUCAAAGAACGUCCAAAUAAUACUGAAGAAUUAAUUCGAAGUUUAUUGCAAGGUAGCGAUUUGUAUGGGGAAAAAAGUGAUGAAACCUUAGACGAAGUUUUUGUGAACACCAUGUUCGACCACAUAAUCAGUUCUUUUGUCUUUAGCAAAUUUGGAAAUAUUUACGGCUUUCUGGCUGAAGUUGUUCGAAAAACGGACAGUUUAAUAAUAGACGAUUUGCUCCAGAAAAUUAAGACCAGUCUUAGUAACUCAAUAUUUCAGAAUGAAAACGGUAACAUCUCGUCACUAACUCCUUUAGCUGUCGAUCGAAUAUUUACCGAUCUAAUUUCGCCCUUAUUUCCAAAAUCGAAUACUAAUUUCCAAUUGCUGUCCCUUGAUUACAUUUACGCACAAGCGGGUUCAAUUUUACUCAAAUCAGGCAGAUUGAAUGCUACCUAUUAUUCAAAUUUUUUCACCGAAAAGUUUGUCAUUGGUAAUGAAACCCUGUUUGAUGAAUAUUUAUUAACAGGACAUUUACUUGAAGAAUUAAUAAUUGCCGAGAAGAUUGAUCCUUUCAAUGUGACCGCUUUUGCACUUUCAGCACUUUUCCUCUAUGUUUACAAAGAAAGAUUGACUCUAGAAGGAGAAAAAACAAUAAAUAUAAUCACAGAUCCAGAACAUUGGCGUAAAGCCUACAGUUUCCUUUUUUCAUUUCUAGAUUCGACAUACAAUAAAAUCACUUCUCUUCUAAAAACUGACACUAAAUAUAAUCUUCACUUCGAAUUAUCACAAUUUAAAACAAGUAUCAUUUUGGCUCAAUAUUUUCUAGAUGACGAUCCUAUUUGUAAAUUAAAAACAGAUGACGAAAGGUAUCAAUUAAUUUUAACCUAUCUAAAGAAACCCAAUACAUUUCAAUGUAAAAUUGGACAAACUUUACCAAAUCUUAAAAAUUAUUUUUUAGACAGUAUUAAUAAUAUUAUUGAGGCCUAUAGAAAGUUUGAAAAGAAAUUAAUCACAGUAACAUUAAAGGACUACUUUCAAUCAUGGGACUCGAAAACUGAAGUGCUUAUAAUAUUAGUAGACUAUAAUUCAACAUCUAGUGUUUUGAAAAAUGUAACUAAAGGCUCAUACGAUUUAUUUGGUCUUUAUUUCCCUAACAAUAAUAACAUUACUUUUCUCACCCUACUACGAGGGAAUUACGAUGCAAAAGUUAUUAGAACUGAAGAACAGCCUGAAAUUUUUCAACCGAUUCCUCGUACUUCUAUUAGAAAUUUCGAUCCAAAAAAUUCUAUUUUUGAUCAAAUAGAUCGUAUUGCAGAUAAAAUUGUACAAAAUAGAUGUGAUAGACUAAAAGCACUAAUUCUAAAUACACACGAAAUUUUGAGAAAUAAUUGGUGGCAGGAAUACAGUUUGUCUCUGGUACCAUUUUAUCCAUGUUUAUCAGGCAAAAUGUUGCAUGGAUUAUACAAAGAGGAAGAUCCAUGUAAAGUCGACACAUUCACUAUGUAUCCUAUUCAAAAAGAAGAAAAGGAUCAUAUUUCUUUAAAUUUAAUUGAAAAAGAAACGAGAAAUCUUCUUACUGCGAUGGGUACAAGUAUAAAAACAUUAAGUCUAAAAAAGCUAAUAAGAAAAGUAAUGAAAAGCGAUGAAAAAUCACAUUUACAAACAUUUCACGAAUACGUAAAGUACGAAAGAUAUUCCAAAGUUCUUCAAAACCAACUGAUUUUAAAUUCAGAAAAAGUUUUAAUUUUAUCCAAGUUUUGGAAUGAUUCGGAGCCAAAAGUAAAGUACAUAAUCAACAUCCUCGAGGAUAAUGUUCGUCGUUUGAAAAUUCUAACUUCGUUGGACUACAAAUCAAUAUUUGGAAUGUUGAAAAAUAUCGAAAAAUUCUUUGUCGAAUAUCAAAUAAUUUCUUUUGGCAAACCUAAUUAUUCCAAUCUGGAUCUACACGUAAUGUCGAAUUCUCCAUACGGUCAUUCCGGUUAUGGUUACAAAUUUAUUGUCCUAAACGAAUCAAGAGCCGCAUCUUUGAGAACUAUCGACGAACAUGGAAUGCUGAAAACGAAAUUGUUCCUUUUACAUAAAAAUAUUUCACCAGACGAAAAGGAAUUCAAACUGAUUAACGGAACUACCCUAAAAGCGACAAAUAAAACUCUCUAUGAAGUUGACCAGAAAUUUCAAUACAGUUUACGAAGACUUCAAUUCUCCGGAACAGAUGUCGCCGAUUAUAAUUUAAUCGAAUGCAAUCGAAACAAAACGGAAGAGACUCCUAAAUGCUGGAGACUGAAAAAUAGAGAGAAACAAGAAUUAAUUGAAAAUGAAAUUCUAAACAUGUCAUUGAUUCAAAUGCCACACAUUCCAAAGGAAGAUUUACCGAAAAUAUUAAAAUAUUACAUUUUUCCAGAAGAAAAUUUUAACGUAAAUGAAUUUUUUCUACUUUGGAAGGACGCAGAGAGUUACUCGAUUCCCCAAUUUGCGAAAAAGUAUAUAAUAGACCAUAGAGACGAUUUUUUGAAAUUGAAAUACAGUGAGUACUUGGACGAAGAAAAUUUAAAAAUUAAUCAUCUGGCAACGAGGAUAAACAGAAUUUACACAAACGAAGAGAGAAAUUUAAUUGAAAUGAGAAUGACAUUCAAAAGUAUUGUCGAGGAAUACGAAUACAAUAAUGAACGAUUUUCAGCGACUUUUGAAGAUUAUUACGCACUGCGAAAUUUUGGGACAACUGGUCACAGGAGGAUAAAUCGCGACACGAACGAAGCGAAACGGAUGAAAAUUGCUCUCUAUAAUUUGGCAAUCAGACAAUCUGACGAUCCUGUUGAAAAUUUUGAUCUCACCCUAACAAGUCUUGAACUCAUGCGUACGCAAUCUAUAGAGAAACUAUUUUCCAAUCAAUCUGAAUAUAUUUUGCAAAAAUUUACCACUACAGACAAGAAGGUUGUAAAUAAACCUGUCAACCAUAGGAAAGACGUUGAAUACGUUUUGCUAAAUAUGGAAUUUUCGAAAACUUAUCUACGAGCAAAAAUACAACAGAAACUCUGCUUUGUACAUCCUAAGACGAUUCUAUUACCGGGAAGCAAAUUUUCUAUAGAAGGAAGAGAAUUUGUUACUAUUAGAGACGUGGGUUAUGUUUGGAAAGUUCAUUUGAAAUAUAUUCAUGUGCCUGAUGAAAAAUAUUUAUGGUACCAGAAGAUUAUGAAAACUAUUAUUGAUAUUAAAUAAAUUAUAAAUUAUAGUUUAGUGUUUAAUGACUAACUAGUGAUUAAGUUUUUAUAAGGUUUAAAAAAAAGUAUUCUUUAAAUGAAGACUUCGACUAUAUUUUUAAUUAUAUCAGGAAAAUGAUUUAAAUUUUCUAUAAAAUUAUUUUUAUAGUAAUUUUUGAGAGAAAAUCAAUGGCAAAAAAUAUUCUGCCCAUUUUUGGAUUUCUAUUUUUUUUUUAAAUUGAUAGAUUUUAAAAUCCAUCUGUAAUUUUGCAGAAAAUAUGUUUUUGUAUCUUCAAAAAAGAAAAAAAAUACUGAAUAAAAAAAUUGAU